AUGGCCCCGCCAAAGGCGGCAGCCGCAUCCAAGCGAUUCGCUGCACAGCUCAAAGAGCUGGGCGAAAUGGGUUUUGAGGAUUGGCUGGCAGCUGUAGAGCUGUUGGAGAGGUACAACGGCCGACUGCUCCGUGUGGCAAAUGCCUUGAGCGAGCGGCAGGCAGAGGGCUUUGAACAGCAGGCAGCACCUGCACCUGCGGCUCCCAUGCCGCCGCCGCCGCCCCCGCCAGCGCCAGCGCAGGCGCCAGCGCCGGCGAUCGACAAGGAGCGAGUUGCCGCAAAGUUCAAGGAACUGAUCGCCGCCGGCAUAGAGAAGAAUGCAGCUGCAGCGCAGGCCAUCCAGAUUGUGCGACAGGAAAUGGCGCAAGAAGCACAGGCUGCACAGGCAACCCCCGCCACUGGCGGCUUUGAGGAGAAGCUGAGGGAACUGCUUUCGAUGGGCUUUGCCGACGAGGAGCGGAAUCGAACGCUCCUCGCAAAGUACGCCGGGCGCAUGGACCGCGUUGUGGAGGCAUUGUGCAGCAGCUGA